ACUUUACGUUUAUUGUGUAGUUGAUGACAGCUGCUCCGUAUCAGCCGUUCUCUUUAAAUCAGCUAUAGUAUACAGACGACCAGCUAAAACAUGAAAAAAUCUAGCACUUGGCUUCAGUACAGGUUGCUUUGCGCAAAGAGAUUUCAAAUUUGCUACAGAAAUUCCUCUCUUGUAAAACUUGCUCUGCUCCCUGUCCUGAUUGUCCUUGUCCACUAUGUCAUAAAUGUCGCGUUUAGUAAUAUGGAUGGAUACGGAGACCUGCGAGUAAAUGAAUACGAUUUUAUAGACAAAAUCCCAGACUAUUGCGCAAACAAGAGUAGCGACAAGCAAUGCUAUAAUAUGGUGUACGCGCCUGCAAACGCACCAUGGGUAGGUGAUAUGAUGAAGGAGCUUGCCAAUGCGUCUGGCUUGAGCGUUGAAAGCUUCAAGGGUAUCGACUUAGGAGGGAGUGAUAGCUACCAAUCGCUUGUCGAAUUCAUAAAUGAUACUUUGGGUAAGAAGAACCAUUUUCAGGGCUUCAGCCUUUUUUAUGAUGGCAAGAUGCCCUAUGACCUUAUAAAAGUAUCAGACCACAUUGUCAAGAACCAAAUGUUUCUAGCCGAUCAGCUGAAUGCCAUUUCCGAUUCCAUUUCUGGUAAAUCCCCGCAAGAAGUUAUUUCAGAAUGGAUAAAAAUUUUUAGCCAGAUUCCAGGACUGAUGGAGAUUCUCGAUGUCACGCCCGAAAAAAAUGCGAAGCUCAUUGAAAUUCUUGGAAGCAGCAACAGUACACCACCAUCCAACCCGUCUUACCUAACGUUCUAUUAUGCCAACACCACUAGCCUCCCUUUUGUUCAGGCCACUGUCCACUUGGCUGAGAAAUACUGCUUUUAUCGCCAUUUCGCUGACAAGGGCUUAAAUACGUCUGGAAUCCAGUACAACAUUGAAUACAGCGGAUAUCCAUCGCCUCUUGGCUCGAUCACCAUGUUUGGCCUUUCCGAGAUCGUUGCUGCCGUCCUAUACAAUCUCAUUUCCACUAUCAUUUUCUCGGCGAUUUUGUCUGACUUAGUCAACGAAAAAUACUUUCAGUUGCGUACAACACUUCAUCAGGCAGGCUUGACUAGAACGGCUUACUUCCUGUCCUGGAUAACCUAUAUUCUCGUCGUGUCUUUUAUCUCGGCCUUGACGAUGUGCACGAUUGGCGUGGCCUUACCGCUCGAGAUGUUCCGCAACUCGAAUUUCCUCGUCUUGCUCAUUAUUUAUUUUACGCUCAACUUCUCUAUGGGGUGCCUCGCGCUGUUCAUAUCCACCUUUAUCCAAGUUCCAAACAGUGCUUUGACGGUGAGCUACGUGAUCAUCAUGCUCGGCGCAUUUCUGCAGUUCUUCCUCGUCAUCGGCAACGGCCUAGUCGUACAACUUACUCAGGCUUCCACCUCUGUUACCACCAUAAUUGUUCGCGUGAUUCUCAAUAUGUUUCCCUUCGGCGUUUCCGCGUACAUCUACAACAUCAUCAUAGCGCUCACUUCUUACGUCAAUAAGGCGCCAAUCGGACUGGGGUUCUCCUCGUUUACCGAGGAGUACGCCGAGUUGCUUCCCUACUAUCCGACGCUGCUUUCCAUCUACUAUAGGCUGUGGAUCAUCGCCCUGGUCGCUCUGAUCCUUUACUGGUACUUCGACAACGUGCUGUUCAAGGUUGAUCUAAAAAGACGUCCAGCUUACUUCUUCCUCACGCCCAGCUACUGGGGUAUUCGGCGCAAGAGGCGCUCCGCAGAGACCGAGCAGUCCGUCUUUGAGCCGCACCUGGAUUCCUGUGACUCGGCCGACUCGAGCGCCGAAGAUGAGUAUCGACGCGCAGUCGAAGCGGCUCAAUCGGAUAUGGAAAAGGACAUUGCCAUCAAUGCCAUCAACGUCACCAAAGUGUACAGGCCCUGGUAUUCGAGAGAGCGUAAAGCGUUCACUGCCGUCAACCAUUUGUCUCUCUCGAUCAAAAGGGGCGAGUUCUUCACGAUCCUUGGCCACAACGGUGCCGGAAAGACGACGCUGUUCUCGGUCUUGAACGGUCGGUCUUCGAUGACGGACGGGUACGCGCACUAUUUCGGCUACGGCUUGAGGGACGACCCGGAGACGGUGCGCAACAUGAUGGGGUGCUGCUUGCAGCACGACACGUUUUGGCCGGAAUUGACGGCGCUGGAGCACUUGGAUCUGUUUCACCGGCUUCGGGGCGUGGAGAAGGGGGAGCUGAAGGAUCAGGGAAUGGAGCUGUUGAGGCUGCUGGACUUGGAGGGGGUCGCCAACCAGAAGGCCGACUCGUUCAGCGGCGGGAUGAAGCGUCGGUUGAGCUUCGCGAUCAGUUGUACGGGGGACCCGCAGAUUUUGUUCUUGGACGAGCCGUCGAGCGGGUUGGACCCGGAGAACUACAAGCGCUUGUGGCAGGUGCUGCAGUCGAUGAAGGGUCGGGUGACGAUUGUGUUGGUGACGCAUAACAUGAUGGAGGCGGAGCUGCUGAGCGACCGGGUGGGCGUGAUGGUGAACGGCCAGUUCAAGGCGAUUGGGACGGUGCUGGGUUUGAAGAGCAAGUUCGGGUACGGGUACCAGAUAACGGUGUGCACAGAAGAGGGACAAAACGAGGCGGUGGCGAGGAACUACCGAGAAAAGCACCCGUACCUGAACGUCAGGGAGUGCGAAGGGGACAAGACGCGGCUGGAGAUGGACGUGAGGAAGUGCGACAUUGAGCGCAUACCCGAGCUGUUGUCGACGCUGGAGAGGGACGGUGCGGUAAAGGCGUGGAACGUGAGCCAGUCGUCGCUGGAGUCGGUGUUCAUGUCGAUAGCGGAGAAGUACGAUUUGAAGAAGGUGUACGACGACGACUCAAAAAUGUCAGAAAGGAAGAGAGCGAAAGAGGAGAAGAAAGUUAAGGCGUUAGAGAAUUCGAAGAAGGGUUUCGACAACAAUGAGGUACCGGCGGGUGAAAAAGUGAAGUCGUAUCCUUUGUCGGCGCUAUUCGAGCUGAGUUGGGUGCUGCAGUUCCGUCGAAAUAGAUAUUCGACUGGCUUCGUGAUACUUUUGCCCAUUCUCGUUUUGAUGUUGUUGGUGCCGCUGCGGAGCUAUUUGAGGUCGGAGUAUCAAAAUUCCGCCUCGAGCCUUCCCUUGACAGGCAUUCCGAUAGCGAACUUCAACUCGUUCAUGUCGCCGACCCGCAGCAUGUGCCGAUCGUAUUGCGAUUUCGCGCGACAGGUAUCGCCCGAUCCGUCGGUGGACCUGAGUCUGCUUGGAUUCGACGCAGAAGGAAAAUUCGCCGGCGAGUUGGGCACCACAUACUUUAGCUAUUUUCCCGAACACUGGUGCCUCUUCUCUGAGUUCCCCCCCCCGCCGGUGCUCACAACGAACGACGAACGUCAGUUCCGAGAGGAGAUGUACGACUCCAUCAAAAACAGAGUCAGCUCAGCCCCGAGUACCGAUAUGCAGUCUUUCAACGUGUGCGCUGCGCCCCUUCCUUACGUGCAUACUGAAUUCCACGAUUUGUCGAUUGACUUGCGGAAUGCGACCGCGCCGAUCGCCAACAUGAACGUCAAGCUCUCCGUGAACGACUACGUCGACAAGUAUUCCCCGUACAUCCGCUACUUCAUCCGGCGAGACGUCUCCCUGGUCGCGAGGGAUUCCAAAAGCAUCGACAAAGACUCUUUCGAGAAGUUGAACGUUUUCGCGCGCAUUCAGGAAUUCGUCAUCCACCUCAGGCUCUACCGAGCCUUUCUCUCCGCGAGCAUCGGCCCCGCUGCCGAGGAAAUACCGUCCGAGGUCGUAUUCGUGCCCAUUCCGCCGGAGGACAACACGGAACUCAUCGACCAACUGAUAGCCGAAAUCUUCAGCAUAGGCAUUCUCCCCUACUCCUUCUCCCUGUUCAUCCCGCUCUCACUAUACGGACUCGCCAAGGAAAACAGCGACCGCACCAAGAAAAUGAUGUACAUCCACGGGCUCCCUCCGGCCUACUACUACAUCAACGUCGCCCUCACUUGGGGCGUCAUCUACUUGGUUUCCUCGAUUCUGUUCAUAUUCUUUGGCCUCGCCUUCGACAUUGACUUCAUCGCCGCGUCCACGUCCGCAUUCUCCCUGAUCCUCUUGGGCUGGGGUCUCGCUUUCAUAUCUUUCGUCCUACUUGUCUCCACCUUCAUCUGCACCACGAGCACAGCCGUCUUCGUCGGGUUCGGCGUCGCCAUCUUCCUCUGCACCGCCGUCAGCUCGGUCGCCGUGCAGCUCUACGAUCCCACGGACUCGUUCCUGCACCCGCUUCCCACCUGGCUCUACUUCUGGCUCCAGACCUGUCUUCUCAGGUGCCUGAAGCUCAUCAGCACCCGCAAAGACGGAGCGCCCUUGGUCGGACAGAUAUGGGAACCACCCCUAAACACCGAAUUCGUCCGCAGUCUCUCCUUCCUCUACGUUUGCGCGUUGGUCUACUUCGUCCUCUUCCUGAUCUCGUUGAUCUUCUACACCGGCGAUUUCAGCUACCCUCACUACCUCGCCGUCCGUCUCUGGACCUUCGUCGCCGAGCUCCCCCGCAGAGCGCUGCGCCGCUUUUUCCCCGCCAAGCGCCCCAGUCCCGAGGCCGCCCCCCUCCUCGCUGAUCCCAGCUUGCCCAUCCAAACGGGAAUAAAAGACGUCCAGGCAGAGGAAGCGCUCGUUUGCCAAUACGUCGCCGGCGACUCGCUCCCCGACACUCCGCUCCACAACUGGCCCCUCGUCAUCCAGGGACUCCGCAAAAAAUACCCCGGCGGAAAGGUCGCCGUAAAGGAGUUCUAUCUCCACGCGCCCCUCUCCACCUGCUUCGGACUCCUCGGCGAAAACGGCGCCGGAAAGUCCACCCUCCUCUCCAUGCUCACCGGCACCAUCCCCAUCACCAGCGGCACCGCCUACAUAUGCAGCUUCGACAUCUCCCGCCAACUCUCCAGCGCCCUCAAGUGCAUCGGCUACUGUCCCCAACACGACGUCCUCUGGGGCGAACUCACCGUCCAAGAACACCUCGAAUUCUAUGCCAGACUCGGCGGCGUCCGCCCCUCCAAAUCCCGCAAAUACGUCAAGAAAUUCCUCUGGGACGUCGGACUCUACCACUGUCGGCACCGACAGAGCUCCAAACUCAGCGGCGGCAUGAAGCGCCGACUCUCUCUCUCCAUCGCCAUCUGCGCCAACAGCUACGUCGUCUUCCUCGACGAACCCUCCUGCGGACUCGACGUCAUGAACAAACGCCAAAUAUGGCACAUCGUCCAAAACAACAAGCACGGACGCACCGUAAUCAUCACCACUCACGGCAUGGACGAAGCCGAAACUCUCUGCGACAAAAUCGGCGUCAUGGCGCAGGGAUCGCUCUGGUGCUACGGCAACCCCCAAUACAUCAGAAACCUCUACAACCAAGGCACCUACCUCCGCGUCGUCUUCUCCGACGAAACCCUCGGCUCCAACUUCAUCAAACAACGCAUCCCCUCCUCCGUCGCCAAAUACAAAUUCUCGAAGACGACGCAAUACUACGUGCCCUCUUCUCAACCCCUCUCCUCUGUCUUCCAAACUCUACUCAACUCGUCCACUCAAACCUCCGGUAUCGAGGAUUGGGGACUCUCUCAGCCCGGACUCGAAUACGCCUUCGAACAAAUCGUCAAUCACGUCCGCAAUCAAAACCCCUCCACCACCUCUGUCUCCCACGCGUAAAACACCUCUCUAUUUCUCUGAAUAGACCCACCAAAAACGCUCUACCUCUUCAACUCGACAAAAAUAAGUUCAAAAAAAAAAAA